UAUUGGCCAGUGGGAGAAAGUGAUGGAGAAGAAGAGCAAAGUGUUGAUAAUUGGAGCAACUGGAAGAUUGGGGUUUCAUUUGGCCAAAUUUAGUAUUGAAAAUUUUCAUCCUACUUUCGUUCUCAUAAGAGAUUCAUCUUUCUGUGACCCCAACAAACAAGACAAGAUUCAGUCUCUCUCCACUGCUGGUGCCACCCUCCUCAAGGGAUCACUGGAAGAUGAGAAGAGUCUUUUUGAAGCAGUGAAGCAAGUGGAUGUGGUUAUUUGUUCAAUUCCAUCUAAACAGGUUCUUGAUCAGAAGCUUCUCAUACGAAUUAUUAAACAAGCUGGCUGCAUCAAGAGGUUUAUUCCUUCAGAAUUUGGAGCGGAUCCAGACAGAACUCAAAUUUCCGGCAUGGACAACAACUUCUAUUCACGUCGAUCUGAGAUUCGACGUCUCAUAGAAGCUGAAGGCAUUCCCUACACUUAUAUUUGCUGCAAUCUAUUCAUGACCUAUUUACUUCCCUGCCUUGUCCAGCCAGGCCUAAAGACUCCUCCAAGGGACAAGGUUACAAUUUUCGGGGAUGGAAAUACAAAAGGUGUCUUUGUGAAGGACGUUGAUGUUGCCGCUUUCACAAUUAGUGCACUGGAUGAUCCACAUACGUUGAAUAAGGUGUUGUAUCUCAGGCCGCCGGGAAAUGUUUACUCUAUGAAUGAGCUGGUGGAGACUUGGGAGAGUAAGAUUGGGAAGAAACUCGAAAAGAUUUAUGUACCAGGAGAAGAACUUCUUAAGCAAAUUAAAGAGACUCCAUAUCCAGACAACAUGGAGCUGAUUUUCAUAUAUUCUAUCUUUGUAAAGGGAGACCACACAUACUUUGAUAUUGAAUCUUCUGGGGGAAUGGAUGGGACACAGCUCUAUCCACACUUGAAAUACACCACAAUCAGUGAGCAUUUAGACACCCUAUUGUGAGACUAUUAUUUACUUGCUUUACAACGAACUCUAACCAUUUUUCUGAGUUGCUGUUUCUAAUGAUUCAUUAAAGAUGACUGAAUGGACUCAUUUGUUCCAUUGAUAAGAUCCAGAACAAAGGUAUGAUACAGAACAUGGUCCAAGAGCUCCUACAUUACUGGUC